AUGGGUGGCUUCUUCGACAAUGACCGCACCCUCCCCAUGUACAAAGACAAGCCUUACUUUACACCACGGCGCACGGCACCACGACGAUGGGGAAAACCGUUGGGUAUACUGGGUGUCUUUACCCUAUUUUUGCUCUGGUAUUUCUAUUAUAGUCCAGGCCUACCAGCAUGGAAAGGCGCAGAGUCGUCGGACAAAGGGGUUGAGCUCUGGAAAUGGGCCCAGAGCUUACAAAAUGGGCCCACAAAGGGACCCGCGGAUUGGGCUGCGCGCCGAGAGAAGGUCCGGGAUGCUUUCAUUGUCAGCUGGGAGGGGUAUGAGAAGGAUGCAUGGGGCUACGACGAAUAUCACCCUGUGUCUGGAGGGAACAGAAAUAUGGUGAAGGGAGGACUGGGUUGGAUUAUUGUCGACUCCCUGGACACUAUGAUUAUCAUGAACCUCACAUCCCAAGUCCGACAUGCGCGGCAGUGGAUCAAGACUUCGCUGCAGUACAACCAGGAUCACGAUGUGAGCACAUUCGAAACCACUAUUCGUAUGUUGGGCGGUCUGCUCUCUGCGAACUAUCUGUCCGCCAAGUAUCCUGCUCUCGCUCCCCUCACAGAUGAUGAUGUCGGUGCCGCUGGAGAGGACUUGUACAUCGAAAAGGCCACUGAUCUUGCCGAACGUUUACUUGGAGCAUUUGAAUCGCCCUCCGGCAUUCCAUAUGCGAGCGUGAACUUGAACAAAUCAGAGGGCCUCCAAUCACACAACGAUGGUGGUGCCUCGUCCACAGCGGAAGCAACAUCGAUACAGCUCGAGUUCAAAUACUUAGCCAAGCUAACCGGAGAGGCCGAGUAUUGGAAGGUUGUGGAGAAUGUGAUGCAAGUUGUGGACGAUCAAAAACCCCGGGAUGGUCUCGUGCCCAUCUAUAUCAAUCCCAAAGAAGGAGCCUUCCAAGGCGAAAAUAUCCGUCUGGGUAGCCGGGGUGAUUCCUACUACGAAUACCUUAUCAAGCAGUAUCUGCAGACAUCUGAACAAGAGCCUAUUUACAAGAAGAUGUGGGACGAGUCCAUGCAGGGAAUUCGCAAACAUCUCCUUGCAUUUUCCAAGCACGCACAGCUGCUUGUUCUAGGCGAGCGGCCUUCAGGCUUAGACGGCAAACUAUCUCCAAAGAUGGACCACCUUGUCUGUUUCAUGCCAGGCACCAUCGCUCUGGGUGCUACUGGAGGCAAACCAUUAGCCGAGGCCAGAAAAUCUCCAGACUGGACCCAGCAACGCGAAGAAGAGAUCCUCAUCUCCAAGGAGUUGAUGAAGACCUGCUGGGCGACCUACCGAACGAACCCGACGGGUCUUGCAGGCGAAAUAUCCCAUUUCAUCCUCGACGAACCGCCAGUUAUGAUGGCAAACAAGUACCCCGACCCCUCCCUGAGCUCAACACCCAAAGAGCUGCAAAGUCUCUCACUUCCGUUGACUACGAAAGACGAUGGCACGGAACCGUGGCGCAAAGACAUCGAGAUCCACCAGAUGGACCGCCACAACCUCCAACGCCCAGAGACCAUCGAGUCCAUCUUCUACAUGUACCGCAUCACUGGCGAUGAAAUGUACCGUGAAUGGGGCUGGGAGAUGUUCAAAUCAUUCGUCCAGCACACCGCAGUGGUCGAAGAAAAGCAAUCCAACGUCUCUCCCGGCAACGUUGGUGCCAUUUCGCGCAUCAAGGGCUUCACCUCCCUCGAUGACGCACUUACUGUCCCCGCUAAGAAGCGGGAUAAUAUGGAGAGUUUCUGGAUGGCCGAGACGCUCAAGUACUUCUACUUGUUGUUCUCGGAUCGUGAUUUCGUCUCUUUGGAAGAUCAUGUGUUUAAUACUGAGGCGCAUCCAUUGCCGCGGUUUAAGCCUAGCGGUGAUUUGAAGACGGGGUUGCAGCGAAAGCCUACCCUUUGA